GACAUUUGAAAGAUAUGAUUUAAAUAGGUUAAAAAAUAAAUAUGAGUAGAAAUAUUCUUUGUCGUGAAACAUUUAUUUAUUUGCACACUACGUAUCGUAAUUAUGCUUCGCAUCGUCAACCCGGAAAAUUCAUGAAUAAAGUUUUGAAUAACACUAAAAAAAAACGUUUUGGUUACCAUGAUCCCGUAGUCAAAAUUUCAGACACUUUUUCCAAACAUAAAUCUAGUAAAUUAACCACUAACCCGAAACGCGUGGCUGUUUUAAAUAAACUUUUCAUGAGAAACAUCACGGAUUUAAUGUCUACCGAAACAUACGCGUCUCAAGUCCUAGGUUUAGGAAUUGAGAUAAAUCGUGUACAAGUAACAUCAGAUUUUAAAAUAUUGAACGUAUUUUGGACAUCUAGUAACACAGAACAAGACAAAGUGGAAAACAUUUUAUCGAAAAACGCUGGAUUGUUAAGACACGAAUUAUCGCAAUUGAGGUUAAUGGGGAACGUCCCUAUCAUUAAAUUCGUUAAAGAUAAACAUUACGCAAAUUUAGUUGAAUUGAAUAAAAAACUUGCAAUUGCUGAUUACGGGGAUGAAGGUCCUAGUAAUAUAGAUCCUGCUGCUCAUUUAUUAUCAGAAUUUGAACUAGCUCUUCCUAUAGAUAAUAAUUUAAAGGAAGAAUUAGCUAAAUUAGAUGAGGAAAGUAAUAGUGAAAUCAACGAUCCGGAAUUACCUGUAAUGACACACUGCGUGUUCAAUUUAAAUCACGCGGAUAUUAUGAAUAACAUAAGAAAGGGGCAAAAGAAACCGAGGAAUUUGGACGUUAAUGAUCGAUUAGUUGAUGCUGAUUGGGCUAGAUUUAAAUUAGAGCAAUAUUCGAAUACAGAAUCUAUUGUUUUGGAAAAAUCGAAAAUUCAAAGGGGAAUUUUCAAUAAAUUUUUACAAGAUCGACAGCUGAUUAGAAAGAAAUAUAAAGAAUCGCGAUACGACGACUCCGUCCUGGAUUAUACCGAGGAAAGUAAUGAAGGAGAACGAACUUUUGAAAUCAAAGAAGCCGAAGAUUUUAUUAUUGAAGAUGAAAAUAAACCAAUUUCUGAAAAAAUCGAGUGAAUUUUCAUAAAAAUUGGUGGUUAUAACAAUUUUUUAAACAAAUUAAAAAAUUUCCAAAAAAAGUGAAAUAUAUUGAAUAAAAUUUGAAAAAAAUCAAAAGAA